AUUUUUACGUUCUUUUUUGGUGUGAUUGCUUUCGCGGACCAGCUAGUUGAUGAUGGUUUAGAAUGGUCGUCUCUCAAUACGUUCACCGACGGACGUCUUAACAAUGGGUACCACCGUCUGCGCCGCUUCACAAUCCUAUUUCGAUUUUUCGGGGUCGUAGUACUAGAGAAAAGGGUGAGUCAAUUAUGGUCACGAAUGAUACAGCCGAAUCAUAUGUUUGAUACGCCUCGUUAUGAUCUCAACAAUUUUCGUCAAUUCACCGAUAACUCGAUUACAACGACCAAAUACAGUCUUCUUACCUUCAUUCCGCACAACAUCUUCUAUCAGAUGUGUAACAAAUACGCAAACGUGUAUUUUCUAUUUAUAGCUGUGCUAAAUUUCUGUCCGCUAUUUGGCUCCUACACAAAGUUUCUUGGUCUGGUGCCCAUAAGCUUCGUGCUUGGCACAACUCUUAUUAAGGACGGUUUUGAAGAUAACAGAAGGUGGCGUUAUGACAACAAGAUCAAUACGAAGACAUGCCAUGUAUGGGAUCGGGAUCGACAAAUGUUCCGAAAAAUGCAAUGGAAGCAUAUCAUCGUCGGUGAUUUUGUACACGUCUCGAAUGAACAAGAAAUGCCCGCUGAUGUGCUCUUCUUAAGGGAAGGCGAUUGCAUGAAUUCAGAGACUAUGUGCCUGAUUUCUGUGUGGGGACAAAUGCGUUGGCGAAACAGGUACACCACUCCACAUCUACUGCAAGUAGAACUUUCUGCUUUCAGAUUUAUAGUGAUUUGUAUGGUACUACUUGUUCUGAUGGUCGUUGCUCGUUCAUUGAUGUUUGGCAUUUGGUCUAACGAUCACUCUACCUCGAAAAAGAACUCAAGUCUUAAGCCGGACCCAUUUGUUGCAUGGAAUUCACCUAAACCUGUUCUCGAUAGCGUCUACAAUGUGGGUGCCUAUAUUAUAUGCUUUCAGGUGAACCAGUAA